UGAUAGAGGGGUUUGUUUUAAAUAGGCUCCUGACUGGGUUGGGAGAUCGUGCUCUGACGAUUAGAAUAGAGAUUUAAUGCUUUAUCACGAAGUUUCUUGUUAAAUUAAUACUGUAUUGAUUUUUUAAUGUGCAUUGUCUUAAUAACUUUAAACAAGAACCACAAUGCGCAAAGUCGAGUAAAAAAAAGAUAGCUAUAGACAUUUGUUGUCUUGUUUCCAUGACCACCGUUGCCAGGCCACGGUCAAACAUUGGCUCUCGGAGAAGUGCCUUUUUCGUGUAAUUUAUUUCUCGUUGCUUGAUUAUUGAUGAAUCAUGAUUACAGGCUCACUCGGGUAUUAACUACCAAUAGUUUUUCCCCCUGUAGACGCGCACUGGACAUUUAAACCAAGAGAAGAUGACAAGUUACGGAAAGCUUGUUAAAGAAGUUGUUCAGCUGCUUGACAGAUUUGAUCCAGAAAACCAUUGUGUUGAAGUCUUCAUAGAGGAUGCUUUGAAAGAUCUGAAGAACAAAGAUGUUUCAGAGGAGGCAUUUGUACUGGAAGUCCUAUCUGGCUGUAUUGAGUACAAGCAAUUAUUGGAUAUUGUCGUUGACGCAUUUUAUGCCCGCAGUGGGAAGAAUUGUCUAGCAUCUGAGUACAACUUGUAUGCAGUUAUAUGUUACCUGGCUACAUUUCAACUUGAAGAUCUUGGUCUACAGCAGUUCAGCAAGAUUAUCAGAUCGCAGGACAUCAGUAAAAUGUACAAGUUCCUCAGCUUCUUUUUUGACGUCGUAAACUUGAGUACCUGGAUAAAGGACGAUUGGAGUCAAACAUAUGACGCCCCCUAUGUGGUACAGAACUGGAUAACACCGCUGUUAAGGUGGCAACCAGAGGUGGAGCCAUUGAUCAAUCAGUUACAUGACAAAAUAACCAACGGGUGCAGCCCAAAGAAGCUGGAUAAGAUUUGGACAGAACCGCAGGAGUUUAAUCUGACGAAACCCAAACCAAGAGCAAUCCCGCUGCCAGAGAAGAUCCCUCUACAGGAGAAACACCAGCAGGUUCCUCCAAGCACCUACAAACCUCCCAAAGAGCAGCAGCUGCUGGACGAAAUGAAGCUGAAAAAUCGCCAGAAGGCAGAGACAGUGCUAUUAGAAGCAAACACAGGACAAUUCAGAUGUGCCAAUGCAGAAAAAUCCAGGCGAACAAAGCAAGUUAUUUCACAAAUCAUAAAGGAAAAGGAAUUGAAGCUGAAAUUUCAGUGUCAACCCGCUAACAAAAUGCCUGCAUCAUACAAGGCUGACAAUGUCCCAAUCAGGCUGAACACGACUGCUAUCCUAAGGGAAGGUGCCCUUUACAACAGGAGGGUUGAGCAGGAGCUUCGCAAGAUCGAGAAGCUGGUGGAAGGGGCGCGGGACCCCUCGGAGUUUAUGGCAUGGCAGCGGCAGAUGAGGGAGAGGGAUAUGGAAGAGAAGCUAGCGGAGGUGGAGCGCAGGCGCCUGGAGGGGAGGCUCAGUCACGAGGAGGCUGUGCUGGCCCGCCACAAAAUCAUACAGGAGAACAAGAAGAAGGCCACGCUCAAGAAGGAGGAGACUGCUGAGCUGAUGCGGCGCUAUGCAGAAAAGCGCCUGGAGGAAGAGAAGGGGAUGAAGGAAUUGGUGGAGCAAGUGGUGGAGGGACACAAGAACACCAGGCAGGCCAAGGCCAAAAUCCUGGAGUGCAAACAGCGCAUAGUCCAGGAGGUGACGGAGGAGAGCCAGGAGCUUCUGAGACAGGCUCUUGAGAAAGCUGAGGCUGAGCUGAUCAGAAAAUUUGAGCUCAUCUGCCAGAUCCGGGCCAUUGAGUCUGUGCCACUUAUCAGGCACAAAUUUGUGGACCACACACAGACAGCAGGCCAUGCAUUGCUGGGUGAGAUGUCAUUGGUGGAGCUGCAUGAGAGGCUGGCAUUGCUGAAGGAAGGUCAGAGGAAGGCGGAUGAGGAGAAAAGGGAUACGAUCCUGAGAGAGAAGCAGACCAAGGAGCAGUUUCUACUGGACCAUCUGAACCAGAUCUCUGUGCACAGAGCUGCCAUGGGGAAAGCCAGCGUGCUCAAAAAAGAAGAAAAGAAAGCAAAGUCCCAGUCGACAAAAGCCUUUCUGAAGGAUGAGCGGUUAGUGGAGCUCCAGAAGAAGCUGGAGGAGAAACGGCAAGAGCGCCAGCAGCAGAGCAAGAGCCUGAAGAUUAAAGCAGACAACGACUCUGCAGAGAGGCUGAGAUCCUGGAACUCCAGGAAGAAGUCCUUGGAGGAACAUCACUGGCAGGAACUGGAGAGGAAUCUGGAGCGCCAAGUACAGCUUCUGAAGCACAGCUCCAUGUCCAGUGAAGUGGCCCUGAGACAUGCAGCGCGCAUCGGGGCCUCCUCCCACUGCACCACACACUCACUCAGCGGAAGCAAAUCAGAUUUUUAAAGACAGCAUACUGUGUAGUUAUUUUAUCAAGGGGUUAGAUUGGAUUUUCUAAAGCAAGUUGGGCCUGUAAUAAUAAAAUAUGUUGGCAAAUAAAAAGUCUUGAUAAAAAAUUUAAAAAAAACAAGAUUCAGUUUAUGUGAUGGAAAAGCAUUUGACAAGCUGUUUAAGGAUGCUUGUCAAAUGCAAUGAGUAGAAUCUUUUUUUUUUAUGCAUGUAUUUCUGCUUUUGGCAAAUUUCUGUUGUUCCACUGAUUUUUCCUAACUCGUUAUUUUCCCAUGAAAAUAAAAAAAACAGCAGAAAAACCUGAAGAAUAUGACAUACACUCUCACACUAACACUAUCCUUCAGCAAAUUAAUUAUCAUAGAUUUAAGUCCUUCAAAUGUCUUUGUUAUACUCCCAUUGUAUGUUCUCUCUCGGCCAAUUAGAGUGCAUGGUUUUCUCCCCAUUGUGGUUGAAUAUGGUUGGACACGUUUUCAUCUUAACUGAUGGGGCAUUCACCUACAGACUGGGAGAACAGUGGAUUAAAUCUACCAUCUAUUUGUUAAUUGUACUGGGUUAUUUGCCUGCAUGCUGGAUCACAUGAAUCCUGGUAUCUGCCAGGGCCCACUGUGUAGUCAUUUUAGGAACUAGCAGAUGGGGAAUAUUGUAGGGAAACUUAAUGUACCCAUUGACCACAUGGCCUAAAAAGGCAUCAUUUUAAAUGUUCUUUAUCUCCAUAGGAAUUUUUCAGUGGUUAUUUACACAUGGAAAUUAACACUUUCCAUGUUUCCUUUUUUUUUUUUUUUUUUUUUUUACUGUUUAAUAUAUUUAGUUAUUUAUUUUUACAGUACUUACCAUGUUUUCUGUAGUUUAUCAGGGUUACCUAGAUAAGUGGUCCUAAUUAUAUGGCCACUGUGGACAAUUAUCUAUUAAAGUACGCCAAAGUAUUUUGUGAGCAAAUAAUCUAAAGUUGUUAUCCUGCAGAAAACUCCCCAUCCCCAGUUGUACUACUUUCCUAUAAAAAGGCAAACAUUUCAGGGUAGAUAGACUAUCUAGUCUAUCUGUCUACCCUGAAUAGACCUAUGUAUCUGUAUGUAUGUAUGUAUGUAUAUUAGCAAAUAUUUAGAAUAUUGUAUAUACAUCUGAUAAUGUUAGCGUAAAUCGUAUAUAAGGAUUAUACACACAUGUUAAAUUUUAAGCUGGAGGCCGUGUGGUCUGGUGGUAAAGAAACGGGCUUGCAACUAGGAGCAGGUCAUUUGUGCAUUAUCUUUCAGGUGAGAUGUUGUAAGGGACUCUGCAGC